GAAUAGAAGGAAACUAACACACGUCGGAGAAAAAGAAAAGGGGGUCACGAAUUUUAGAUCCAAUGUGCAUUUUCGUUUUCGUUUUCGUUUUCAGUUUCAUCAACGAAAAAGUGAGAUGAGAUUGAUCUGAAAAUGGAGAUAUCGAAAGCGAUGGACGCUCUCCGAGAGAGAGCGACGUUCGUAAAGGAAUCACUUCACAAGAGCCAGACCAUCACCGAUAACAUGGUCUCCAUUCUCGGUUCCUUCGAUCAUCGUCUCUCCGCACUCGAGACCGCCAUGCGUCCCACUCAGAUAAAAACGCAUUCAAUUCGUAGUGCACACGAUAACAUUGACAAGACUCUAAAAGCAGCAGAGGUGAUUUUGGCGCAAUUCGACCAGACACGAAUGGCGGAGGCUAAAAUACUUCGAGGGCCGCACGAGGAUCUAGAAAGCUAUUUAGGAGCAAUUGAUCAGUUGAGGGCAAAUGUUCGUUUUUUUAGUAGUAAAAAGAGCUUCAAAAGUAGCGAGGCUAUCGUCACCCAUGCUAAUACCUUGCUUGCCAAAGCUAUCGCAAAGUUAGAAGAGGAAUUCAAACAUCUUUUGACAAAUUAUAGUAAACCAGUGGAACCAGAUCGGCUUUUUGAGUGCCUACCAAACUCCCUAAGGCCCUCAAAUUCUGGGAAGCAAAGUGAGGGUGGUGGAAGAAACCACUCCGGAAAACAAAGUUCAGAAGCUGUCACUUUCGCACUUCCAACUCUCAUUCCACCGAGAGUCAUACCUUUGCUUCAUGAUUUAACACAACAAAUGGUUCAAGCUGGUCAUCAACAACAACUUUUUCGAAUAUACAGAGAAACCCGAGCGGCAGUCCUGGAACAAAGUCUCAGGAAGUUAGGUGUCGAAAGGUUGAGUAAGGAUGACGUUCAGAGAAUGCAAUGGGAGGUUUUGGAGGCAAAGAUUGGCAAUUGGAUUCAUUACAUGAGGAUUGCUGUCAAAUUGUUGAUUGCUGGAGAGAAGAAAAUUUGUGAUCAAAUAUUUGAUGGUGUGGACUCUUUGAAAUCUCAAUGUUUUGCUGAAGUCACUGCUAGUAGUGUGGCUAUGCUUCUUAGUUUUGGAGAGGCUGUUGCAAAAAGUAAGAGGUCACCUGAGAAAUUAUUUGUUCUUCUAGACAUGUAUGAGAUAAUGAGAGAACUUCAACCAGAGAUUGAGAGACUUUUUGAAAGUAAAGCAUGCACUGAAAUGAGAGAAGCUGCAAUAAAUUUGUCAACGAGAUUAGCUCAAACUGCCCAAGAAACCUUUGUUGAUUUUGAGGAAGCAGUUGAAAAAGAUGCCACUAAAACUACUGUAAUGGAUGGAACUGUCCACCCUUUAACAAGCUACGUGAUCAAUUACGUAAAGUUUCUGUAUGAUUAUCAAUCAACCUUGAAACUACUUUUUCGUGAGUUUGAUCCGAAUGACCCGGACGGACAAUUAGCAAUUAUUACAACAAGGAUUAUGCAGGCUCUCCAAACUAACUUGGAUGGAAAAUCAAAACAAUAUAAAGAUCCAGCACUGACCCAGUUGUUUCUAAUGAAUAACAUCCAUUACAUAGUGAGAUCUGUGAGAAGGUCAGAGGCAAAGGACAUGUUAGGAGAUGAUUGGGUGCAAAUACAUAGAAGAAUUGUGCAACAACAUGCAAAUCAGUAUAAAAGGAUUUCUUGGGCAAAGAUUUUACAAUGCCUCACUGUCCCAGCAAGUGAAAACAAUAAUGCAGUCACAAGAACAAUGAUUAAAGAUAGAUUCAAGACAUUUAACGAUCAAAUUGAAGAGCUUCAUCAACGGCAAUCUCAAUGGACUGUUCCCGACAGUGAAUUGCGUGAAUCUCUCAGAUUGGCUGUUGCUGAAGUGUUGUUGCCCGCAUAUAGAUCUUUCCUAAAACGUUUUGGGCCCGUGAUAGAGAACGGCAAAAAUCCUUAUAAGUACAUGGUAUAUUCUCCCGAACAUCUUGAGCAAAUGCUGGGUGAAUUUUUUGAAAGCAAGAUAUGGGGUGAACCAAAGCGAUAAAUCAUUGCAGUAAAUUCCUUUCCUUUGUGAUUUGGAAACCUACUUGUUUAUAAUAAUUUAUCAAUAUUGUACAGGUGUGGUCAUUCGAUUGAACUCUCUAUUCUUUCUUCUUCUCUCAUUUUAGCCCCAAAUUAAUGAUUAGUCAUUGAAUAGUUCACUAGUUAGUUCCUAUUUUAGGGUUGAUUUUAUAGACACUUUGACCAUAUCCAAACAUUUAAUUGAUACUAUU